UGUAGCUAGCUGAGAAGAAAUUGCUAAGAUUAGACAAAUCAAACCGUUGUGAUAUAAUGAAAUAUAAUGAAAAAGUUAUACUACCCGCGGGAGCGAAGUGCAGAUGCGACCACUCGCUCCAACGUUUUAUUUAUACAGGAUCUGACACAGGAUCUGAUCACAGAUCAGACCCACAGAGACUGGGUCUGGGGAGACUAGGCUGUCCUCCUGGUAUAUCACCAGAGCCAGAGGACGGUCCAUAACCAUUGGUGAUGGUGACACGUUAGACACUGAAGUUGAUGAUCCGUCUUGUUUUCACCACAGAGAUGGACCCUGGCAACAUGCCCUUGGGUUUAGAGGCACAGACUGAUCUAGAGGGGACUGGAACCAGUACAGUAGUAAUGUAUACUCUGAAGGGUGCCUAGCUAAGAAAGGAGAGGGCUGUACCCAGUGUCACAUGUGCUUCGUUGAACCUGGCACCCUGAAGAAGCACAGGGAAGAAACGCUACAGCUGCCCCCCACUGUGAGAAUCGGUUCUGCCACCAGCUAUCACGCCUGCUCCCCCUCUCUGGCGCUUGAGGGUGCCGGGCAGCCAUCAUUACACACACCUGUCACCAUCGUAACGCGCACCAGCGCUUCUUUGGGCUCACCUGGCCCUUCAUAUAUCUGUCUGUUCCUCGGGUUUGAUCCCCGUGUCAGAAUUAUUGUCGUUAUGUUUCCCCUCUCCAGACACUCUCCUUGUUUGUUUCAUUUUUUAAUUAAAUGUUCACUGUACUUGCUUCUCGUCUCCCAGCGUCUGUCCUUACAGAAUGCUGACCCCAAUAUUGGAAGCAUCAGGGAGUUUUGUUUUUUUGUUUUGGUUGGUGACGUCAGGUCCGGGUGCCACUGCCAUUGGAACCGGGGAUGCCUCUGCUGGCUCGUCAGGUUUCCACGCCUUAGCUGGCUCGAGACGUUUCUACGCCUCAACUGGCUCGUUGGGCUCCCCCGCCUCAGCCGGCUCGUCGGGCUCCCCCGCCUCAGCCAGCUCGUCGGGCUCCCACGCCUCAGCCGGCCCGUCGGGCUCGCCCAGGUGGGAUGCCGGGUGGCACCCCUAGAGGGGGGUGUACUGUCGCUCCCGCUCCCCCUCUCUGGCGCUCAAGGGCGCCCGGCGGCCCAUCAUUACGCACACCUGUCACCAUCGUUAUGUGCACCAGCGCUUCUUUGGACUUACCUGGACUCCAUUACUUUGUUGAUUGCCCCUCCUAUAUCUGUCUGUUCCUCGGUUUGAUCCCGGUGUCAGCAUUAUUGCCGUUAUGUUUCCCCUGUCCAGACACUGUCCUUGUUUGUUUCAUGUCGGUUAUUUAUUAAAUGUUCACUCACUGUACUUGCUUCUCGUCUCCCAGCUCCUGUCCUUACACCAGCACCAUCUGAAGAGGCACCUGAAGGUCCAAACAGGAGUGAGGUUUUUCGCCUGUACACUAAGGGAAUGGAAAAUAAGUCUGGCAACACAGCAGAUUGGCAACCAUACAGUAAAUUGACAAAUCACGUAACUAAACUAAACAAAAACAAGAAGAAACUAUACAAUGGAAAUAGGAUAAAUAAUUUAUUAAUUAUAAUAAAAUCUCGAGUGCUUAAAUAAAAUUCUAGGCAUUAAAGCUAAUUCGGCUCCAUCCUUCAUUGAGGCUGAUAGCUCAUUCAUAACAAAACCCUUUGAUAUUGCCAACCACUUUUUUGUUUUUGUUGACAAAUUUCUGCUUCCCAUGACUGUUUUUUAUUUUUUGUAUUUAUAAAAUAAUUGUGUGAACAAUACAUGUAGUUAUAUUGUAUUAUACAGAGCACAAUAUUUCUACCCUGUUAAAAUAAAGGUUUAAUAAAAUAACGCUCCAGCUACUCUGUUUAUUAUAUAUCCUGAUGCCUAGUCACCUUACCCCACACACACUUAUUCAUUUUAAUGAACUUUUACGAUAUAGACAAUUUAGACUUUGUGGCUGUGGUAACCCUGUGAAAGGCGGAAAUACGCAAAACAACGUCUAGUCUGCCGGAAACUCACACGAAGAAGUUAACGGAAGUGAACAGUUAUGAAAAAACAAUUUCCACGUUAUCGUUUUUAUUGUUGUUGUUUAGACGUGUAUUAACAGACAUGAACUCAAAAUAUGACUAAUUUAACUGCAUCGUAUGACACCCCAUAUCGUGUUUAAUUCACGUUGGAAACAGGACUUGGUUGAUAGCUGUUAUCUAGGUAACGCUAGCUAGCUGCUAACAUUAGCAAAAAAUGGCUAACUGUAUGGUUUUUCACACUCAAAUAGCCUCCAUCAUGGAGGUGCUAGCGAAUGCCGCCGUGGCAGAAAUCUGUAAACUCGUAGACGACGACUAUGCAGUGUUUCGUUUGGAAAUAAAUCAAAGCCAGAAAGAAAACAGGUCAUUGCGGAGGAAACUACUGGAACUGAAGGUUGCACGGGAGCGCGCAGAGAGGACAAUGCGAGAGCGCGUCCUCGCGAGUCGUCCCAGUAGUGUCAAAAUCCUUGACCGAUACAGAGGAAUUUCAAGAGUCUCAGGUGAAGGACAUCUCACUGGAGGCCACAGAAGCUUUCUGAAGCCAGCGGAACACAAUACAUGGAGAGAUGACCAACCAAUCACUGUUGAUGAGGGGAGUGGAACCACAUCGCAGAAUUUUAUGGUGAUAGAGUCUGCAGAUGCAGAGGCUGCAGGUCCUGGGGUCAAGCAGGAGAGGUCUGAAGGAAAGGAGGACCCACGGAACAUCAGAGACAUUCAGUCUGGAGCGCCCUCUGCAGCCACGGAGGACCCCACCAACCAAGCGCAACCUAGGACCCAACGCAGCAUCACGGAGGAGGAGGAGGGUCCAGAGGUGUUGCUGGUGAAGGAGGAGGGGUGUGAGGAGGGUCUGGGGAAUCCAGAGGGGACCAUGGUCACAGAGGACAACCAGACUACACCUCCUCCUGAACCCACUGAGCAGCACAAGACCACACACAAUUUCACUGAGUCAGUAGACAUGGAGGAUGGGAAGCCUGAUCUGCUGAUUGUCAAAGAGGAGACAAUAGAAGAUGAACCAGAGAGCAUUGACCUGCUGAGUAGACUAAAGAUGGGAGAGCAAGGUGGUUGGCUGGAGGCUAACAGGGGAGACUGGGCGGCCAUCUUGGAUUCCCAGAACCAGACGAGUUCAACCAAGGGCCCAGGGGACAUCACUGAGAAGGCCAGGACCAGAGGUGACAUAGUGGAGUCUGCAGUCCAUGAAGACCUGCUGAUAUCAGGUGUUGCUGGCGGAAGAGACUGGACCUCUGAGGCGGCAGGUCACAAACCUUGGCCUCGAAUCAGGACAGUGGAUCAAGAGCCGUCACUCUUCCUUCCCGAGUCGGAACCAGGACCCAACCGUGAGGGACAGAGACUCCACCACCACCAAUACACAGAACACAACCAGUGGACAGGUGGACUGAACAAUCUCAGUCCUGGUGGUCAUCAGAGAGACAGAGGGUCCAGUCAGGAAUCUAGUCUGCAGACCAGACCCUUCUCUUCACAGUCUCAGUGCAGGGAUGGAGCAGUGCCUGGGGCUGAUAGAGAUAGACCCUCCUGUUCUUAUGAUACAAACACCACAGUAUCCAUUAUGAACAGAGCAGGUCACCCUGGGCUUCAGCCUUCAAAGAGGGUGGUAGGUGACCCUCCUGGUGGUAGUCUUUCAGGAAGUCUGUCUUCUUCAGGGUCUCGUCUAAUGCCUAGUGACUGGGUUCAUAGAAAGCCUGGACCUGGGUCUAGCCUUCCUCAGUUACCUCAUGGUUACCCCACCAACACAGACAGGGUCAGGAUGGGCGUUCCCCACGAGAUGUACCUUGCUUAUAACACAGCACACAAUCCCAACAACACCCAAACAAUGACUAGAGGUCAAGGAGGGAGCUCAAAGACUAACCAACUGGGGGCGGUGGCUCCUGCUUCUACCUCCUCUGGUGUCAUCGGGUCACAACGUGGGAGGCUGAGCAUUAGGACAGACGCAGACAAGCCAUACGCCUGCCCCACAUGUGGGAAGCGCUUUACUGAGGCAAACUAUGUGAAGAAGCACCAGACAGUUCACACCAAGGAGAGGCCCUUCAAGUGCAAACUAUGUCACAAGAGCUUCUCCUUCCUGACUAACCUUACCAGACAUAGGAGUGUCCACAAAGGAGAGAAAUCAUAGCAGUGUGGCUUGAGUUUUACACAGGGGAUAUCUGGGAACCAUUCUUUAGCUGCCAAACACUACAUGGCCAAAAGUAUGUGGACACCUCGUUGAACAUCUCAUUCCAAAAUCAUGGACAUUUAUAUGGUCUCCCCUUUGCUGCUUUAACAUCCUGCACUCUUCUAGUAAUGCUUUCCACUAGAUGUUGGAACAAUGCUGUGGGUCUUGCACUGUCUUGGCACUGUUGUUAAGUGAUUAGGCCUGGCUUGCAGUCGGUCAUUCCAAUUAAUCUCAAAGGUGUACGAUGGGGUUUAGGUCAUGGUUCUGUGCAGGCCAGUCAGGUUCUUCCACACCGAUCUCAACAAACCAUUUGUGUAUGGACCUCACUUUGUGCAUUGUCAUGCUGAGACAGGAAAGGGCCUUCCCCAAACUGUUGCCACAAACUUGGACACACAGAAUCUUCUAGAAUGUUAUUGUAUGAUGUAGCAUUAACAUUUGCCUACACUGGAACUAAGGGCCUAGCCCAAAUCAUGAAAAACAGCUCCAAACCAUUUUUCAUCCUCCACCAAACUUUACAGUUGGCGCUAUGCAUUCGGGCAGGCAGCGUUCUCGUGGCAUCCGCCAAACCCAGAUUCGUCCAUUGGAC